AUGUCAAAAGUCUGGCUCGUUACCGGCUCCUCUCGCGGUCUCGGUCGUGCUCUUGCAGAGGCCAUCCUCCAAGCUGGAGACUCUCUCGUCGCCACGGCGCGCAACCCAGCACAGCUAGAUGAUCUCGUCGUCAAGUACGGGCAGGACCGCGUCCUCGCCGUCUCGCUCGACGUCACCGACCCCUCGAGCGCCGACGCGGCCAUCGCCACCUGUCUCGCCAAGUUUGGCCGGCUGGACGUGCUCGUCAACAAUGCCGGCUACGCCGACGUCGCCUCCGUCGAGGACAUGUCCCUCGAGUCCUUUCGCGCGCAGAUGGAGACCAACUUCUUCGGCGUCGUCCACGUCACCAAGGCGGUCGUCCCGACGCUGCGCAAGCAAGGGCACGGCCACGUCAUCCAAAUCUCGUCGGUGGGCGGGCGCGUGGGCUCCCCGGGCCUCGCGGCGUACCAGAGCAGCAAAUGGGCCGUCGGUGGCUUCUCCACGGUUCUGGCGGCCGAGCUGGCGCCGCUCGGCGUGCGCGUGACGGUGCUGGAGCCCGGCGGUAUGAAGACGGACUGGCUCAACAGCAUGGUUAUUGCGCCCGUCAGCGAGCCCUACCUCGCGACGGUGCAGGCGCAGAUUGAUCUCCGCGCACAGCUGAGCCCGAACUGGUCUGAGCCGGCCGACAUUGUCAAGAGCGUGCUGCACGUGGCAAGCGCACCGGAGCCGCCGCUGAGGAUGCUCUUGGGAGAGGAUGCGGUCGAGAUUGGCAAAAUGGUAGCGGACAAUCUGGCGGCGUCGGAUAAGAAGUGGGAAGAUGUUGCCAGGCUCAAGGUCUAG